ACAGGCACUUCCGCUUUAGGCAGUAAAACUGCUGAAGGAAGAAGCAGCAGCCGGAGAGCGAACGAUGAAAGCAAAUGCCAGGAAGGACGGAAAUGGAGGAGCAGGAAACGGCGGAGCUUCACCGCCGGUUACUCUCCUCCCCUGCUUCGAUGUGAAGGCCUUCGUCGCCGUUCUCGUCGUCCUUACCCUCGUAAUGGCCAUGUGGCAGCUGCAUCCCUACGAAUCUCUGCUCAGCUCUCGCUCCGUCGCCUGCCCUCUCCCGGCCGCCGCCGCCGCGGCCACCGCCCGCCUCCACAAAUCGGCGAUCUCCUUGCCUCUCGAUUCCUCUUCCAACUCCACCGCCUUCGCGGGUCCGCCCCCAAAAUCCAAUCUUUUGGAUCUGCCUCUGCGAGCUCCGCCGAGGGAUCCCGACAAGCGCGUUUUCCAGGCGUACGGCAGCGCCGCCGCCCUCUUCGUCCUCAUGGGCGCUUACCGCGGCGGUCCCACCACCUUCGCCGUCGUCGGCCUGGCCUCUAAGCCCACCCAUGUCUACGACACCCCCUGGUUCAAAUGCGAGUGGGUGCCCAACGCGAACGCCUCCGCCGCCGCCUCCUCGCCGCGGCCCAUCCGCGCGAAGGCAUACAAAAUGCUCCCCGAUUGGGGCUACGGCCGCGUCUACACCGUCGUCGUCGUCAACUGCACCUUCCCCUUCAACCCCAACUCCGACAACGCCGGCGGAAAGCUCCUCCUCCACGCCUACUACUCCGCAAAGUCCCGGCGGUACGAGAAGCUGGUGGCUUUGGAGGAGUCGCCGGGCUCCUACGAUGAGGCCUUCUUCCGGCCACCGUUCAAGUACGAGUACCUCUACUGCGGCUCCUCCCUCUACGGCAACCUGAGCGCCAGCCGCAUCAGGGAGUGGAUGGCCUACCACACCCACUUCUUCGGCCCCAGCUCCCACUUCGUCUUCCACGACGCCGGUGGCGUCUCCCCGGAGGUGCGUGCGGUGCUGCAACCGUGGGUGACAGCCGGCCGUGCGACGAUUCAGGACAUCCGUGCGCAGGCGGAGUACGACGGCUACUACUACAACCAGUUCCUGGUGGUGAACGAUUGCUUGCACCGGUACCGGCACGCCGCCAAUUGGACCUUCUUCUUCGACGUGGACGAGUACAUUCACCUGCCGGACGGAAGGCCGCUCGAAGCCGUGCUGCACAACCUCUCCGACUACACUCAGUUCACCAUCGAACAGAAUCCCAUGUCGAGCAAGCUCUGUGUGCUCGACCAAAGUAAAAACUACUCCCAGGAGUGGGGAUUCGAGAAGCUAGUCUUCCGGAACUCGAUCACCGGAAUCAGGAGAGACCGGAAAUACGCCAUUCGAGCGAAGAAUGCAUAUGCCACCGGCGUCCACAUGUCGGAGAAUGUCAUCGGCAAGACCACCCACGACACAGAGGACAUGAUCCGGUACUACCACUACCACAAUUCCAUCAACACAAUAGGCGAACCAUGUCGGGAAUUUGUUCCGAUGCCACCGCCGGGGAACGUGACAUGGUUCGAGAAGAUCCCGUAUGUUUACGACGACAACAUGAAGCGUCUCGCCGGGACCAUCAAGGACUUUGAGAAGCAAACCAUUAAUGCAACCAUUUGACAGUAUAACCAUGUACAGGACAUGCCAUUCUUUGGGGGUAUCAGUAUCACAAUCUUCUUCUUUAAGCUUCUUCUUCCAUCAUGGAAGUGUGAUCUUUUCCUCCCCCUCACAUCAUCUUUCUUUCAGUUAAAUCUUUGGUCAGAUUGAUAAGUUCUUUCUUAUGUCAAUUGUUAAGUUGGUACUCAGAUGGUAGAAUUGUAUUA